AUGGAUCAGUAUCAUAUCAUAGGAGUCACAGAAUCAUGGUUAGACACGUCGAACAGAGAUUAUAUUGCAGAAUUUCAGUUAUCUGGUUAUACAAUUUUUAGCUGUGAAAGAGAGAACAGAAUUGGUGGUGGUGUAAUCCUAUAUAUUCACAGCUCGCUCCAUCCGAUCUCCAUUAAAACAGAACCCAUCAACGGAGUGGACACAGUUUUUAUCGAAUUAAAGAAUAACGCGAGUAGAAAAAUACUUGGACUGAUUUACAGACCACCGGGACGCUCCGCUGAAAUUGACCGUUUGCUUUUCGAAUCAAUCUCCGAAACAAUUAGUCAAUGCGAGACAAUCAUUAUGGGCGAUUUUAACUUGCCAGUAGCGAGAUGGGGAAAUCCGUUAAGAUCACAUACAGGACACGACCUGUACACGAAUUUAUUAGAGAGCGAAUUACACCAACACGUUCAUGAACCGACGCGAGAUUUAAAUACCCUUGAUCUCAUUCUCUCAACAAGCAAAGAUCUAGUCAGCAACGUAAAUGUUGGCCCAGUUUUCAGCUCAAGCGACCAUCGGAUAAUUACGUUCAACUUGAGAAUGAAGGAAAUAAAAGUAAAUGACAGUAAGGAGAGGGUACCAAAUUACCAAAGGGCGAAUUUCACCAGAAUGCGAAUAAUUCUAGAAGACACCGACUGGAGUGAACUGUUAUCAGAGUCAGAGUCAGAUAUUGAUAAGUCAUGGGAGGCCUUUACCACAAAGCUGAACGAAGCUAUAAGCGUAUGUGUACCGUAUCGUUACAGACGUUCAGCAAGGAAGAACAAACCAAAAUGGUGGAACGAAGAGAUAAAAAACAGCCUCUCUCUCAAAAAACACGCGUAUGAUAAGUAUAUAUCAACUAAAAACCAAGAUGACAAAGUAGAGUUUGACAGAGCUCGUAGCGAAACUAAGAGAUUGAUAAAGCGUAGCAAGAAAAACCUGGAAGAAUAUAUAGCGGAAUCAUGUAAAUCUAAUCCUAAAGAAUUUUAUAGUUUUGUUAAGAGUAAAAAAGCCCUUACCUGUAAUAUCGGUCCACUUACUAAAGGACAAGGAAAUCACACAAACGACGAAAAUGAAAUGGCUACAAUCCUUAAUAACUUUUUUGCAUCCGUAUUUACAGAAGAGGAUUGUUCAUCGUUUCAGCCACUUGAGACUAGAAGAACCGAAAACUUCUUAAAUAAUUUACUCAUCGUAGAAAGUGACGUUGUACAAAAAAUCGAUAAGAUGAAAACUAAUAAAACCCCUGGACCAGAUAAAAUUUCCCCGAGAAUCUUGAAAGAGGUCAAGCAUCAGAUCAGUAAACCGCUUGCAAUCAUAUUCAAUAAAUCCUUAAGAAAUGGUAAAGUUCCAUCAGAUUGGAAACGUGCAAAUGUAACACCAAUCUUCAAAAAGGGGGAUAAGUCACAACCCGGAAAUUAUAGGCCAAUCAGUCUGACGUCAGUAGUAUGUAAAUUAAUGGAGACAAUCAUUCGUGACAAUAUGGUGAAAUUCCUUGAAGAUAACGAUAUAAUAAAACCUUCACAACAUGGUUUUCGUAAUAAACGUUCAUGUCUAACUAAUUUAUUAGACUUCUUUCACAAUGUUUUUGACACGUACGAUGAAAGCAGAGCAGUAGAUGUCAUAUAUCUGGAUUUUCAAAAGGCCUUUGACAAAGUACCUCAUCAACGAUUGCUUAAUAAACUAAAGACUCACGGUAUCUCUGGUAGCAUUUACAAUUGGCUUCAGGACUGGCUCUCUGAACGUAAACAGAGAGUAGUCUUAAACGGUGUCUCCUCUCAAUGGUUAAACGUAAAAAGUGGCGUACCACAGGGUUCAGUACUUGGCCCUAUUUUGUUCCUGAUAUAUGUUAAUGACAUAGACGAUGGGAUCUCAUGCAAAAUAUCGAAAUUCGCUGACGAUACGAAAAUUGCCAGUAAAGUAACUACGACAAGUGACAGAGAAGUCUUACAAUCAGACCUUGAUCGACUAACGUCUUGGGCCAAUAAAUGGCAAAUGAAAUUUAACGUUGAUAAAUGUAAGGUACUACACAUCGGAAGAAAUAAUGAUCACGUUCAGUACUCAAUGAAUGGAAAACUACUUACUGCAGUGAACAAGGAAAAAGAUCUAGGAAUCACAAUAUCAAACGAUUUAAAACCCAGUCAGCAUUGCUCAGAGGUAGUUAAAAUUGCUAACAGAUUGGUCGGCUUUAUUGGGCGUACUUUCGAAAAUAAAUCAGAAAAAGUCAUACUAAAACUGCAUAAUUCACUAGUACGACCUCAUCUUGAGUAUUGCGUACAGUUUUGGUCCCCAUAUUACAGAAAGGACAUUGACAAACUGGAAAGAGUCCAGCGUAGAAUAACAAAAAUGAUUCCAAGGCUGAAAAAUAAACCUUAUGAAGAAAGACUCAAAGAAUUAAACUUAUUCAGCCUAGAAAAACGAAGGAUGCGAGGAGAUUUAAUUGAAAUGUUCAAAAUAAUUAAAGGAUUUGAUA